AUGAGCAGCUAUCGAGUGGUUCACCUACUCUACCAGGCAGAUGUCGACCUGUUUGAUGCAAUUCAAGACUGGAAAGACAACCGCCCUAAUCUGUGGGUCGAUGAUGCCAUAGACGCCUUCGCAUCGGCUAAGGGUGCAGACGCCUUAGCUCAGCUCGUGUACUCCACAGAGGCAUUCGACAUCACUCUUAAGUAUGAUGCUACUCAAGAAGAACUCGCUCAACUGUUUGACAGGAGCGCAUAUUUUUUUCGGUCGCCAAGGGGCUCUCCAGUUCCACCUUCGCAGAGUCAGCAACAGAAAAAGGCGAGAAAUCAUUGGAUGGAUCAAGUUGAUAUAGGACAUUCAGCUGAAGCAACUGCAGGAGACUUGCUUCUACCUUUCCCAGUAACUACAGAAACAGCAAGUGCAAUUGACCCAAUGAAAUCUGGUCCUUCCACGAUUCAGAAACGCCAUUUCUCAAGACUCGAAAAAUUGAAGCAGUCGCCGGGAAAGCUACUUUCAAGGGCAUCUUCUCUGGAGUCAUCGACGAGAUCGUCGUCCAUGUUAGGGACAGAUUCCAAUUUGGAUCAAUCGCGCCCUCGGAGCAUGUCUCAUAUAUCGCUUCCAAUGACGGUGCUUGCAGGCGAGAAAGACGUGCAGGGCCAAUCUUUUCAGCCCUUACGUCCCCUUGAAUGUUCAACUGACAUGUCUCCGAGUCCACAAUCUUCAACUGCGAUCGUCGAGAGUGAGGAUCGACUGUCAGACACCGGCAUGGAUAACCAAACCAGAGCGAUCAACAGCCAACGAACAUCUGGCCUGUUUCAAAACACCUCAUCGACACCUCAACAGAGGUAUUCCACCGAGAGUCAGGGACAGGGAAGAGAUCGACCACCAAAGACGCGGAGGAAUGAACGAGCCAGUAGAGCAAAGCUGAGACAACGAAAGAUUCAGCUCCAUCGACGCGAUUUUCAGACGGCUCUUUUGAAAGAAGGAGUGUUUCUUGAGUUGGAAAAAUCUGUCAGCUCGGAUGCGGUCUACAUCAAAGUCCUCGCACCAUUCUGGAGACUGGCUAUCGAAGCUCAAAAAACAAACUGCAAGGCGGAUCUGGCCCGUUAUGAUGAGGACAGAGUAUCGAAGCAACCCGGAAGGCCGAAAGAUGGGACUUCGGUCAGCUUUGAGACACGGCAUCUAUCAAAAAUUGUACGCGUUACACGAUGGCUCGUACAGAAAGCAUUCAAAUCGACAAACGACCUGAAUUACCGGGCGCAGCUACACAUCAAAUGGGCUCGGCAAUUUUGGAGGAGCCAGCCUCUUGAUCUGGUCAACACAUAUUUUGGAGAACGCAUCGGGAUAUAUUUCGCAUGGCUAGGGCACUAUACCAAAUGGCUUGUGGUACCAGCAGCUGUUGGGAUAGCUGUUUUUGUCUUUGGAGUUGUUAAUGCAGCAAGGCUAAAGAAAUUAGACGCGACCCCGAACGCCCUGUUUGCAAUUUUCGACAACGCAUUGACUAUGCCGUUCGCCUUGUUCAUGUCAAUUUGGUCAACUGUUUAUAUUGAGUUUUGGAAGCGAGCAAAUCAAUACUACUCCUUCCAGUGGAACAUGAACGAUUAUGAGCGCAUAGAGCUGCCUAGGACAGAGUUCAGGGCAACCAAGGUUCGCAUCUCACCCGUUACUGGCAAGCUCACCGCCAUAUUCAAUUUGAUCGUCAUUAUCAUCCUCGGUGAGAUCUGGUGCAGACUAGCAGAAUGGCUGACUGACAAAGAGAAUCACAAGUACACUGAUGCCUACGAAGAUUCUCUUAUUACCAAGCGGUACUUGUUUGACUUUACAAACAUGUAUGCAACGCUCUUCUACUACGCGUUUUUUAAAGCACCGUUCGGAGGCGGUGUUUUCCGAGACAGGCCAGACCUGCAGGACAAGUGCCUUUACGACGCGUGCAUAACGGAGCUGACAGUACAGCUUUCAGUUGUCUUUAUCGGUAAACAGUUUCUAAACGGACUCUUCGAGAUGGUCUUCCCGUAA